AUGAUUGUUAGAAGGCUUCUACCUGUCUCGAGGAUUUAUCAAGAAUGCAUUCAAACUUCUUGCUAUUCGGAGAACCGCGUUAGAGAAAAGGACAAUGACGAUUAUGAAGUUUUUUCUUUUAUUGUUUCAGUUGGUAAUAAGUUGUUUUGAGGCGCUUUUUAAAUCUCCUGUUACUUCUAUCAAUACUGUAACAAGUCAACGAUCAACAGUGCAACUUGAAUCAAAAAAAGAAGCUAAAAUAAGUAAAUUCGGGUAAGGUUUUUUUUCUCGGUUUCUUUAAGGAAUUUUUCAGAAAGCAAUACAAUUUACCUCAAGAAGCGAUAACCGGGUUGAGAAGCGCUUUGCUAUCGUGUGAUCGUCCUCCUAGACAACUACAAAAUGAAGCUGACCAGUUAGACAACAAGCUUGAACAGAGAAGGUUGAUUUUUUUUUUCUUUGUCUGUUGAAAGUGGAAUUUAUCAGAUUCCCUGCCUCACCUGAAAAAUUGAAGGAAGUUCGUGACCAAGUAAAAAAGAAGCUGCGGAAAGGGAAAGAAAAAGAGGAGGAUUGGAACAUUCUGAACGAUGACUCCCUUAGUGAAAAAUCGGUAGAAUUUUACGAAAGUUUUUAUUAUUGUCAAAAUUUCAGAAAGAAAGGGAAGAAUAUCACAUCAGAAACGAGGUCGAUAAAAUACUCAAAAAAUCAUCGUUCAAUUGGAGGCCGCUUGAACUGAAAUCCAAGGAAGCAGCUGCGUCGUAUUCGCUAGCUAGGUCUUUUUAAAACUGUUUAAAACUGUUUAUUGCAUCUUCAAUGUAAGAAUACAUGUGCAAUCGAAUUUCAUUGAUUUCGACUGUGUUUAAACGGCGGCAGGAGCUGUGGCUUAGGCAGAGAAGUUGUGAAAUCCGCGCGUAGAACAUCAGGUACAAAAGAGGUCGUAGGAAGAAGUACGGUGCCGGCUUUCCAAAGGCCGAUGGCAGAGAUUGAACCUUCUCGCUGCAUGCAGCUCCCAAUUUUAUCUACCCCGGAGCGAUGAAAGGCUUGGUCGACCUCGGGGGGACUCGAACCUACGACCUCGCGGACGUUAGAAAUGAGUUUUACCAGCCAGCUUUUUAAAAGAUUAUUGAAAUUUUCAUUGUUUUUUUUUCCAAAUGAAGCGUAGUUAUCAGUAUGGAGAUACAAAUUUUUUAGGCUGGCUCCGAAUUAUGCGGAAAUUUCGCGGUGUCUCUCAGAAUUCUCACGCAUCCCAGACUUUACUCCACGGACCGUCCUGGACUAUGGCAGUGGGAGCGGCGCCGCUUUGUGGGCUAUUCUCUCGAAGUGGCCCCAACGCAAAGACCAGAAAUCCGUCGACCAGAUAACACUUGUGGAAAUCUCCGACGCCAUGGCGCGAUUCUCCAUGGACACUUUUCGUGUAGGCCAAUUACUCUUAUUUUAUAGUUCAAUAUAUGUCUCACUCUUUUUACAGAUUGAAUAAAAUUGAGAGUAUCAUUUUGAAUUGAGAAAGGUCUCGAACGCGUCGUGUAGUUACCCACAUUCGAGCUCCCUGGAUAUAACUACGUUCUCUAAAUCGUCUACCUCAACCGAAUUUAUGACAUUUCUUUAAAUUACUUAGAACCCGAUGGCCGUAAUAUUUUUUUUCGAUUGCGGUUUUGCAGAAAAACGCGGAAAAUUCUGAUGUUUCUGAUGAGAAACCGAAUCCCUUUGUCCACGAGAACAUUUUCUUUCGCAGAAACUUGCUGCCCUCUCCUCAGGUUUGCUCCUAGAGAGAAAAGCUACUCAAUUGUGGGAAAAUCUUCAUUUUCAGAGUACAUACGAUUUGGUUAUCGCUCACCGAGUUCUCUGUGAAAUCGGGUCAACCGAGGCUCGUUUAAAGUUGAUUGAGUCUCUUUGGCAACGAACAGACAGGUUGAAAAACUGUUUUCUACGUUCUGCCUAACCCAAAACCGUUUUCAGGUUUUUACUACUUGUUGAGUCGGCAUCAAUGGGAGGCUUCGCAGGAAUUUUAGAAGCUCGCGAUUUUCUACUUUCCUCGGGGAUCAAAAUAGACCAUGAUCAACUUCAAGCGUUGUUAGAGGUAGAUUUACAAGCCUAUAUGUGGUGUUGCUAGGGGCAGACUCCCCUUUUGAAUUAUAUGCUUUCAUUGAAAAUCUUGGUUGAAGCUGAGAAGAAGAAUAAGUAUCUCACAGAAAGCCGUGAACUACUGGAGGGGAAUGAAAGUCUUUGAAACAAAUCAUGGCUUGAGAUUUAGCUCGGGAUUGUUGAAAUUUUUUUUUGAAAUCGGGGUUUCGCUAAAUCGACAACCUCUAUUCACAGUUUUUGAGAAACCGAGCCCGAGUUUUUACAAAAUAAAAAGAAAGAUGAUGACGUCACUGGGUAGCGAUUUUAGGUGUCGUUGGAAGUGGUGAAUUUGCACCUCAACAUAACACUUGGGCUCCAGAAACUAUAAGUUGUAAAAAAGAACUUUUAAAAUAUUAUUUUCCGUUCACUUUGUAGGAGGGGCAAACCUUUGCGGAAGGAUUAUAUCAGGAUGAUUUCAGGAAAAACGACUUUUUUCUGAAGAAGUUUCGCGAGUUCUCAGAAACCGUGAUUUGAGCGACUAUGAACGAUUUGUGAUCCUAAAAGACUUGGUGUGUUAUAAACUUUUUUUGAAUCAGUCUAAAUUGAACUCUCAGUUGCCUCCAGAAAUAAAGCUUCCAACACAACUUCCUACUGCUUCUGUGUUCGCUCCUUGUCCUCACGAUUUGGGAUGUCCGCUCUCGGAAAAAAGGUUAAUCACUACAGCUCUCAAAAACGAAAAUUCAGCGAAACGAUAACUUUUUUUUUUGAAAAUUUCCACCGUUCUUUCAGUGUUUGUUCCUUCUCAACUCGAUAUCAAGCAAUUCGAGCUGAUGGACGGCGGUCGGAUAGGUUUGUCCCAUGCUUGGCCAACGGGAGAAUACAUUUUUCAGGGAAAAAGGUGGAUCCGAAAUCACCAAUUUUUCCUUUGUUAUCUUGGAAAAGACCCCUCACCGACCUAACAAUCAUGCAGAACGAAUACUCAGAGUCAGUUUUCUUUUUUAAUCUUAUGAUGAAAUGAAUGUAAGAGUUAUAACUGCAAAGAAUUUUCAAAUUUACGAUCUAUUCUGUCGCAUAACAACAGUAAAGAUAUUUGUGCAGAACCGAAAGUUGGGCCAACACAUAACUUGCGACGUGUGCACGGCAUUCCGAGGAAUCCAGCGAAUGACGUUGUCCAAAGGGAAGCAUGGCGGCCUCUACAAGCAAACGCGAUCCUGCAACGACGGCGACGUCUUUCCGCUGCGUCAGAAAACUGUCGCCACAGAGAGUCCCUUUGAUCUUUGGAAAACCGCCGUCUCCGAUAAGUGA